CAAAAGAACUAUAUAUAUGUACGUUCCUUUAGGGUAGAUAAUAGAUUACUUUAGGGUCAUUCAGGCCAAAGUACCAAAGUUAUGCGACAGAGAUCAAGAAUAGUUAUUUGGUACAAUGGAGAACAAAAAAUUCUUCAUCUUAAUAGAUAUACAAUCUUAUGAAAAUGAAUACACGUUUUCACUUAUGGUUAAUGUACUGGAAAACAUAUAUGCGUCCAACGAAAACAAUAAUUCGCUAAAUACUAAGAACACAUAUAUGCGCUAAUUAAGCAUUACAUUCCUAUACCAAUAGACCUUGGGGUUCGAUAUAGAAAGAUAUCUCAUCCCAUCAUCGAGAUCUUUCGGUGUUCUGAUCAUGUUCAUCUCACUGUACCAACCAGACGCGUGCACUCACGCAAGUAAACAAGCUGAAGAAGAGAAGUAUAUCGCGUUGGUUAUAACUAUAACUAAGAAUAACUACUACUACUACUACUACUAACACAACUACCAGUUCAUCAAUACAAGUAGCAGUACAUCAUCAUUACUACUACUACAAGCAGCCACCCACCACCACCCACCUACCAACACCAUUACAAAGCUUACUACUAUCUGCUACUUAGGAGCUACGGAGGAGCAUCGUUGUUUAAACGGAAUCGGUCAAGCGAAGCGCCACGGAUAAGCAUCCAGGAAAGGUUCUGGGUAGUGGGGAAUACAGUUGGCUACUCUAGUGGCCACUCGGAGUCAGUUGUUGCUCUUAUGCUCGCCGGGCAUUAACGUUCCCGGGUCAGAUCCUACAAACGCGACCCAACCAAACCAAACCAACUGACCCAAACACUUGUUCUCCUUUUACUUUUCUCUAUCAUCUUUCCUAUCAAUUAUUAUCCCAUUUCUCUGACAUCGGUUUUUUAUUAUUAUUUAUAUCGUGUUUUUGGGAAGAAAAAAGAUCUGUCACAGUACAACAACGUUAUGUGGAAAACAAUUUUCAAUGAAUUAAGUUAAUGUGUUAAAAAGAUUUUAAUGUUAUAUACAGUGUACCAACAAUUUUUAAGUUUUGUAUGAAAGAACUGAUGGGGUGUUUUAUUCGAGAAAUUAUACGAAAGAAAAGUUUUAUUUACAAAGUGUGUCGAUGAUCUUCGAUGUUAUAAUUUAAUUCGAGUAAUAUUCGAAUGAAAAUACAACUAGAUAAAUGAAUUCGUUUGUAAUUGACAGCACGUGAAAUUUACGAUAAUUAAAAAAAGGGAUUUCGUUCUUAAAAUUGCAUCGAAUUAUAAUCGGUGAUGAAGAGAGGAUUAUUAUUAUUAUUAUGGAUCUUAUUGAUGGUGUUGUUGGUGCUUGUCAGAAGUGUUGUGACGCUUCUGACAGAAAAUAUCGAAGAUUGGGAUGAUCCAACGAGUUUUCAAAAACAAUGUUCAGCCAAGUGUCCUGAGCUCGAUUUAAAUCAAUUUCACACGGAGGACAGUAGCCCGGAAGUGGGAUGCGGCGUAAGAUGUAAAAUCGAACAGUGUACCAGAGGAUGCGAGGCAUGGCAACAAGCACUCGAAACGAGUUGUCAAACAGUUUGCAAUGGAACGCAAGAAUUGUUACCACCUAAACAAUUGUAUUGCGUAUUGGGUUGUCACGAUGCAAUGAAUCGAUACGCUCAACAAUAUAAAGCGAAGAUAGGAGUACCUGCAGCACCCGCACUGGUGGCCGAUUCUUUGACGGCAACCUCCUUGAGAUUAGAAUGGAAGGACGUUAAUAUAGAUCGACGUAUCAGUGGAAUAUCUUAUCUAGUGCAAUGGAGGUACGAGGAAUUGGUUGAGACAUGGCAAUAUUGUAGAAAUCAAACGUGGGGUGAGGACGAUCAAAUAUUGGUGGAAAAUUUACAACCAUAUACGAAAUACAGAUUUCGCGUUGCUAUGAUAUUAAAAUGGACGCAUAAUCCAGAACCAAUAGUUUCUGCACCCAGCGUGGUAAUAUUAACAUUAGCUGCUGGUUUGCCAUCGUCACCACCGGUAAUUGUAAGGGCAGCGGCUGUUGACAGCUGCCGUGUAUCUGUGUCUUGGGAACCAGGCCCUUUUCCAAAUGGGCCACUUUUGUCUUAUGUACUGCGUCUGCAAGGGGCUGAUCAUUCCCAGCUUAAGGAUAUACCAGCAUCAGAAAAUACGGAUCAUUAUAUGUUUCAAAAUCUCGAACCAAAUAAAACUUAUUCAGUAAGUGUAACGAUGCGAAACAGUGUAGGUGAAGGGCCACCUGCUACGAUUCACAUAUCAACCAACCCAGAACCUACAGUCAAGGACACGGAACAACCAAUUCUAAUACUCGGUGGUGAACACGUUGUGAUGAAACAAGAUGCCGAUAUGUUGGACGAACCCAGUGUCAUUUAUCGAACAUCCAGUAUAAUUCGUGGCGUAGCAAUUCACGUUGCUUCUGCUCAAUUAUUCGUUUCGGAUUCGACUGGAUGCAUUUACAAAACUUCGAUUUUAGAACCAUCCAAAAGAAUUAUGAUACUUAGCCCUAGCGAAGCUAAUUUCAAACCAUUGAGUUUAUCAGUCGAUUGGUUAAAUUUACAAUUGUACGUAUUGGGUGAGGUUAAACAUUCGACGACAGUUUGGCAAAUAGCAAGAUGUAAUUUGGAUGGUAAAGGUUUAACAGUUGCCAUGGCUGGUUUUUUGACAAGACCUUCACACAUUGAAGUAGAUCCAUACAAUGGUUAUCUUUUUUGGGUAACCAGAGGUGGAUUGUACAGAUUGGAUUUGGCUGAUAUUAGUAAUGGAGUUAAACACGAGGUUCAGCCGUAUCUAAUACUAGAGGAUGCACAUUUAGGAGCAUUUACCGUAGAUCAUACGAAUUUCCGAUUACUGGUACCCCAUCAAACGGAAAAUACCGUAAUGUCCGUAUCGCUUGACGGACGUGAAGUAUUAAACUUGCGUGCCAACACGCAACAACCUAAAUUCAAGAACGUAUUAUCCUUGGCUAUGGCUAAUGGUCUAUUUUAUUGGACCAAUGGGGAAGAGGUUUUAACUGAGGGCUAUCAUUCAGGACAAAACCGAUACUUUCAUAACGCAUAUCCGGACAGAUUGGAUGGUUCGUUCGUAAGCGUGAACGUUUUAAUGGACGCAAGUCAACCGGUUCCAGUACCAGUAAACCCACCUACCGGUGUACAAGCAGUUUUAGGUGCUGAAAGGGCCAAAGUAUCGUGGCAGGUGCCACAUUUAUUAGGUGGUCAGGGUAAAGGUGCAUGGCAAAAUUGGUCAUACGAAUUGGAGAUUAAAGACGAGUCUACCGGUGAGACUAUUCGUCAAAAUGAAAUAGCUGGUUCAUCACACACGGUAUACAAUUUACGAGAAAAAUCCAAAUAUUCGAUCAAAGCGGCUGCUUACACGACUGCUGGUAGAGGUCCAUGGUCAACCGAAUUUCGUGGACGUACAUUGAGGAAUGGAUCGCGUGCAUCUAUCUUAUGGUCGGCUAACGAGGGUUUAUUAAAAAGUGACGUUACCGGUGAAAACAUUGAUACACUGAUUUACAAAACUAGCUUAAAACAAUCGGAAAAUAUUUAUCACAUAGUUGACGUCAGUUGGUACAAAGAUAUGUUAUAUAUCGUUGGAAAUAAUUCUGCAUUGUAUCAAUACAACAUUACGACACAUGUUAAAACUAAAUUGAACAUUCAUUCGGUUGGUAGCGUGGCUGUUGAUUGGAUAUCAAAGAAAUUAUAUUGGGCUAAUCCUAAACAACAAAUUAUAACAAGAGCUAACUUGAAUGGCACUCAACAAGAACCCAUGUCAAUUUUAGCAAUAGUCAAAGAACUUAUGAUCGAUUCUUUAGAAGCUUACUUGUAUUGGUCGACUGGUCAUGCUGUAGAAGUGGCACGUUUAAACGGACAGGACAGAAGGUAUUAUCACUCUGAUGAGAUAUUCAAUGGUAAGCAAGUGAUGGGUUUAACGUUGGACACAGAACAUCGUUAUUUAUAUUGGAUAGUAAGAAGUUACGAAAGUGGUUCCAUAGUUUAUCGUGCACCAACAUCUGAAAGAAUACCGAUGGAUCAAAAGAUCAUACCGGAAAAAGUAUCAGCACUGCAACACCCAAAUAUUCAAGGACCACUCUGUUACUUUUCGGAACACCUAUUGUGGUUACAGGAUGACAGAAAUGCAGUAAUUGGUGAUUUAUUCGGACAAAAUACUGCGAUUAUUAAUGGUAUCACGUUGUCGGGUUUAAGAAUGGUAGCUGUCAUGGAUCCAGCACUUCACGGUUAUCCGAAAAAUCUGACGUCAGAAAACGUUGUAGUUUUACCCAAUGCAGUUGAUUUGGAUAGUAUCAGGGUGGAAGGUAAUUCGGGUAAAUUCAACGUUUCCUGGGAUCCUGUUGACAAUAUCAAUUAUGGAACAGUUUUUUACGAAGUUAAAUUUGUCGAUUACAUCAAUACCAAUUCGAAUCCUGAAAUAACCAGUGAAACUUCAAUGCCGUAUAAUAAUUCAGAACGUAUUGAACCGUAUUCGUUGUUGGAGGUUACUGUUAAAGCAUUCACGUAUUGGGAAAGUUCACAUCAUUCUAGAAAAAAAUUAAGAUCACCACAAAGUAUUCCAUCAGAACCAACGAAUCCAAGAUUGUUCGUGGAAAAUCACAAAGAACCUCUUAACGACAAAAUGGAAACUUCUGUUAAAUUUAGAUGGAAUAGACCCAAAUUUGAAAAUGGUGUGAUAUUGGGUUACACAGUUCAAUGUUGGUUCAACGAAAUAGCAAAUCAUACUGACAUACACGUUUGCGAUGAAUCAAACGUACCAGCUGAUACAUUAGAAUACAAAAUGAAUUAUUUAUCUGCCAACGUGACGUAUUAUUUUCAAGUACGUGCAAGAACGAUCAUUGGACCUGGCCCUUACACCGAUGUAAUUGGUGUAUCAACUGCGUAUGAAAAUCCUGUACCGCAAUUGUUAGUCGCAACUAUUGACACCAUUAACAUAAUCGAUUUGGAUCAUAGUACGAACAAUCGUACAAUUGCACGACAAGCAAUCGUUGAAAUAGAUUUCUUAGCUGCAGAUGAUCAUAUUUUUUGGAUCAAUAAAAUGCAAGAAUUAAUUUUGUACGAUUCAAAGAGAAAUCAUGCAAAUAAAAUUUUGACACUUAACAAUACUGCAUACAGUUUAUGCGUUGAUUGGAUAGCCAAAUAUUUGUAUUGGAGUGAAACUAAUGAAAAAGAAAACGAAAGUCGUAUCUAUAAAUUGGAUUUAUCUAUGUUGCAAAAAAAUAUUUUAACGUUUCGUCCAAUAGUGAUUAGAAAUGAACGAAUCGUUAAAUUAAAUGUUUUACCAUCUUCAGGAUCUUUAUACUGGAUAGAAUCAACGAAGAUUGAUCAUGGGAUAAUAAUGCAAUCAGAUCUUUAUGGUGAAAAUAUUCGACCUUUUUUUAAUCAAAUGAGAGAUUGUUCAUGCCCUUAUCAACCAAUAGUUUUGCCAAUAAUGACAAUAGAUAAUACAGAAACAGAAAAUCCACUUCUCUAUUGGGUAUCACCUGAAGGUUAUUUGUACGUUUCCGAUAUCGAUGGAUGCAUCUGUGAUAUGAUAAUGGAUCCAGGUUUGAAUAAGGGUUUAACAUUUGCAUUAUUAACGGUUGACAAGAUUAAUAUUUAUUGGACUAAUAAUAUUGAUAUGAAACUUUAUCUCGUUAAAAAAAAUUUAACGGAAGAAAAAAUCAUAGAUUUUUAUUAUACUCCACACGUACGAAGUAUCAAAGCAUUGGGUAAAUCAUUGCAACCUUAUCCAAACCCGGAAUGUUUGAUGCCACGUAAAAUGUCUUACAAUGUUGAUGAAUUGAAAAAAACAGCUAACAGUAUUACCGUACGAUUACCUGAACCUUUUCCAUACGAUGCUUGCAAAUCUUACAAUUUACCAAAGACAUUAUACAUUAUGAAUGUUUAUGAAUGUAUUGAAAAUAAUUCGCAAGAAUGUCAUGACAGUUUCGACAAAGUUGAAGAAACUAAACAAUACGAAACUUAUGACGAUGAAUAUACGAUAGAACAUUUGAAACCAUUUACGCGUUAUUUGAUAACAUUAAGUUUGGCCAAUACCUACACGGAAUUGAAUCAAACUAAUUUGGAAUUUAGUUCGGGUAUUGUAUUGACAACCGGUGCUGGUGCACCUAGUGCACCGGAAAACGUCACCGUCAAAGUUCUUACGCCAACAUUGGCAGCCGUUUAUUGGAUGCCACCGAAAAUAUUUAAUUCACCUGCAGUGAGUUAUGAAAUACAUUGGAAAUCUGAUGGUUUGAUAAAUGGGGUUAGACAAAAGGGUGAACAAUUAGUAAAAGAUACAGAACGUAUUAAUAAUGAUAAACUUAUGGCAAUGUUGCAACCAUUAUUACCAGGACAAGUAUACUUCAUAUCGGUUCGUGCUUAUCCGGCACAUUUUAACGAAGUUUUUAGCGAAAGUGAGAAACAAAUGAUUAGUAUGUAUCCUGAACCAAAUAAUUUAACAUUAAUAUCGGCAACCAUAAAUGGUUUAAAUUUAUCCUGGAUACCAACGAUUAAUCUAACGAUCAGUUAUAUAUUGGAAUACAAGGAUGUUGCACAGGAAGAAUGGCGUGUUGCAAAUGAAUCUGAAUAUGAUCAAGGAAAAGUUAUUUAUAGAUUGAAAAAUUUGCAACCACGUACUUUAUACAAAUUUCGUUUGUUACUUCGAUAUCCAAAUUAUGAUCAAGAUUUUAUAUGGUCACCCGAUGGUAAAUCUACUUUUCAAACUCAAGGUGACGUACCGAGUGCACCAGGAAUACCAAAUUUAAUUAUAGAACGCAACUCGGUAUAUCAAUUAAAUUGGGACGCUGCACAAGCACACGGUUCUCAAAUUACAAUGUACCGUUUGGAAGCUGAAAUAAUUGAUGGCCAACAAUCAUAUGAAACAACAAUGGCAACAAUGACAACAACAAACAAGAGCAGUCACGAAAAUUGGACAUUAUGUUACAAUGGAACGGACAAUUAUUGGACAAUCAAGGAAGACAUGAAACAAAGAUACAGAUUUCGCGUUAGUGCAAAAAAUAGUUAUGGUUUUGGUGCUUUUAGCAUAAGCGACGAAAUCGAUUUGACCAAUUCGGCAAUCGGUGGAUUGAUAGAGGAUCAACAAUCGUUAGGAUUAAUUUUAGGUUUUACUAUACCGGUCAUUGUAUUCGGUUUAGCUUGUUUUUGCUACUUUGUAUGUCCCUGCAGACAACGUAAAGACGAUAAAAAAGAAGUUUUAUCACCAAUUGUAUCGGACGUAGAAUUAGCAACGUUACGAGAAAUACCUCGCAGUAAUUUCGUACAACCUAAUGCACUUUAUGCGUCAACCAUGCAAAACGAUCCGGAUGAUUCAAUGUUACCAAAAAUAAAACGAGAACAAAUUACAUUGGCUAAAUUUUUAGGCAGUGGUGCAUUCGGAGAGGUAUUUCAAGGAAAUGCAAAAGAAUUGGAUGGACCUGGAACUGUAACACCUGUUGCUGUAAAGACACUUCGAAAAGGUGCAACGGCACAAGAAAAGAGUGAAUUUUUGCAAGAAGCAAGACUCAUGAGUCAUUUCCGACACAAACACGUAUUAAGACUUUUGGGUGUUUGUUUGGACAUAGAUCCGCCAUUGUUAGUUUUAGAACUGAUGGAAGCCAGUGAUCUGUUGAGUUAUUUGAGAGAAAGUAGAUCCCUACAACCUACAGAUCCUUAUGCAUUACGUUUACAAGAUCUUUUAGCAAUGUGCGAGGACGUAGCUAGGGGUUGUCGAUAUCUCGAAGAACUUCAUUUUGUACAUAGAGAUCUAGCUUGUAGAAAUUGUUUGGUAUCGACGAGGGAUCGUGAAAAUCGAGUCGUCAAAAUUGGUGACUUUGGUCUGGCCAGGGACAUUUACAAGAACGAUUAUUAUCGAAAAAAAGGUGAAGGAUUACUUCCAGUACGUUGGAUGGCACCAGAAUCCUUGAUAGACGGUGUAUUCACAUCUCAAAGUGACGUAUGGUCAUUUGGAGUAUUAAUGUGGGAAAUAACUUCAUUAGGACAACAACCUUAUCAAGCUAGAACAAAUUUAGAAGUUUUACAUUUAGUACGUGCAGGUGGUAGAUUACCACAACCAUUAAAUUGUCCAUUGGCGUUGCAUCAUUUGAUGUUGUGUUGUUGGAGUGCUGCCGAUAAUAGACCAAGUUUUAAAACAUGCGUAGAACAUAUCAUAAAUCUUCGUAAAAAUACUCAAGAUGCUGUAUUAAGUCCUGUAAAUGCUGGUCAUUGUUUGGUACGAAGAGGCGUAUCUAACAUGGCUUAUUUCGCUGACGAGAAUCAAAAUUGCAAUAAUCCAGGUAACUCAUGGAAAUCAAGCAGUUCGGAAGGAAGUAGAGAUAUGCAACCUUUCUUACAAAAUCCAUCGAAUACAACGUUAGAAACACAAUCAGAUGGUGUACCAAAAUAUUUAGAAUUAUUAGCAGACAAUGAGGAGGUUGUUUUAAGAGAAAAUCGUGUUACCGAAUAUGAGAUACCACGAACAAUUAAUAUUUCUAAUCCCAACUUAAUAAAUAUAGAUAAAAUAUCGGACAAAAGAUUGGAAGUUAAAAAUUCAGUUGAUUCCAAGCGUGAAUUAAAAGAAUUUUUAAAUAACGAUAUUAAAGAUCGUAGAUCAUCGAUAACGUCAUCUGAACCAUGCAGAGAAACAAUUUUUGAAACUAACAUGAAUGACAGAUGUAAAACAUUGGGCACUUUCAACAAAUUAAGAAAUUCAAACAUAAGAGCAAGUUUUAAUGGUGGAGAUUCAACGAUGAACGAACAAUUAAAAUUCAAACGAUGCAAUACGAUCAAACGUAGAAAUUCUGAAAUAUGUUUGGAACAAAAAAAGGACACGUCGAUGAUUAAUAAUAAUAAUAACAAUAAUAAUAAUAAUACGAAUACGAAUAAUAAUCAAUCGACUACUAUUAUUAAUCGUACGAAUUUGAUUACGAAUGAUUCAUCACAUAAUACCGUUUCUUCAUCGAGGAACAGCAAUUCUACUACGAAACAGGAUGAUAAUAGUGUUGAAAUAGUCAGUGAUAAUAAUACCAUUAAAAAUAAUAAUUUAACUAAAUUACAAAGGACACCGUCCACGUUGCAAGGUGGUAAAGCUAAUAUUCCAUUGGUGAUAAAUAGUGCAUUAUUAAAUUUGUUAAGACAAACACCAAUAAUCGAGGAUAGUAAUAACGGUGUUACAUAUACGAACAUUAAUAAUACAGACACUGUUAAAGUUAACGGAUCGUAAAACGGUUCUUUUUUUUCCUAUAUUGUAUUUUGUAAAUACGAUUAUAUAUAUACAUAUAUCAACUUUUGAUAUUGAACACUUUAUGAAUGUGUGUGUACCUGCAUCAAAUUCGUACGAAAUCUCGUUAACACCUUUGUACGUUAGAAACUUACUAUUAUUUGAUCACAUCAUUUUCAUUUUAUAUAUUAUUCCAUACUGUGUUAAUGUUAACAAAUGAAUUACGGAUUUAGAUCAAUUUUUAAUUCCAAAUAAAUAAAUAAAAUACGUAUACAUGUAUUAAUUAUCAUUUUAUCAAUCGUUGAUAAAUAAUGUUAAGUAGGAUGUAUAUUAAAAUGAACAUUUUUACUACACUUAUCGCGUUAAUAGCUUUAUGUUUAAAAUAAGUUAACACAUAGAAAUAAAAAAAAAAAACAAUUAAAUAUAAAUCGAAAAAAAAAUAUAUAAUUAUAAAUAAUGUAAGUGAUUGACAGCGUAAAAAGAGUUGGAAAAAAAAAAGGAAAACUCUAGCCAAGUACACUGCCAUUUUUUUGUCAUCCUUCCACGAGUGCCGCAAAUACAAAAUGUGUAAAAUAAAAAGACUCAGUUAGGUUUCAUAUUUUAUAUAAAUCAUGUAUACAUAUCUUUUGUAAAUAUACUUAGCAGAUAUAUAGAUUAAAAAUUAGUUAUAAUAAUUAGUAAAAAUUCAUUCAUAUCGAUUCUUCAUUUGCGAAUGUUAAAAGGAUUUUUUGUCUUCACAAAAUUAAUAACCUUAUCUAAUUAAUAAAUAAAUAAAACAUUAAUUAGUUUUAA